AUGCGCGUUUCUGCGACCUCUCUCUGCCUGCUGGCUGGCCAAGCAGUGGCGGCACCUCCUGCUGCUCGUCAAGACGGUGCUGCCGGACCGGUCGUGCAGGACGGCGUCUUUCAAUUUCCCUUCUUUACCAUCGCCCACAAAGAAGAGCUGCUCAAGGGCGGCAAUGGGGCGACCGGCACCGCGACAACCAAGCGUCAAGUGCCCGCCGGCCUUGACAAUGUCAAUUAUGGUGGUGUUUGGCCAGCCAUGGUCCUGGGCAUGACCAUAGAGCUCGGCACCCCGCCCCAAAAGGUCCUCGUUGAGCCCGACACCGGAUCUUACCAGCUGUGGGUGCCUGGCGCAACCCCAACCGACGGCGGCACGGAUGUCGAGUCGGUUUACUUUGACAGAAACGCGAGCACCUCGAAGCAGGAUCUGAAGAUGGAAUCGGGAUGCGCUUAUGGCACGCGUGAAAGAGUUCAGUUGAAUAUGUUCAGUGACGAAGUCUCUCUUGGCGGCAAGUCCCUGGGCCAACUGGCCUUUGGAAUUGGCAAUAUGACCAGCCCCCAUACUACCUUGGGACGCACCAUCGGUGUCAUGGGCCUCCUCCCCGCCCCUCCCCAUAGCAAAGACAGUACCGACUUUGUUCCCCAGAUGCUUCUAGACAAGAAGAUUACCAAGACCCGUGCGUUUGGCAUGGCGUUGCGCGAGAAUGGCCAAGGUCUGCUUACAUUUGGUGGCUACGACACGAGCAAGUUUUCCGGACCUCUCGAGAAGCUCCCCAUCCUUCCGAAUAAAUGGAGACAUUCUAUUGUUUCGAUCCAGUCUGUUUCCUUCAAGGCCAGCAGUUGCGGUAGCAGUGAGGUCGUCCUGAACAAGGAAACGGCAUCAAGGGAUUUGACCAUGUGCAUCGACUCUGGAUCGCCCGCUCUGGUUUUGAAGAAGGACCUUUUUGAGAUAGUGGAGGCAAAACUCCAAGCAAAGCCCUCGUCAGGUCCUCUGAAAGUAGCCUGCGACGUUGUCGACGCCGGUGCGUCGCUCGAUUUUAGAUUGACCAACAGUACCAGGGUAUCGGUGCCCCUUAGCGACAUGUUGCUUCAAAAGGUUGACAGUGGCAAAAACUGCAUCCUCGCUAUUCAGAAGAGCAGAGUGCCAUCUGACUUGUUCAUUGGCGGGCACUUUUUCCGCCGCUCGUUCGUUCUGCAUGACCCGGAUGGUGACUCCAUCUACGUCGGCCGCGGCGCCGACUGUGGCUCAAGCGUCGUUGCCAUUGACGGCAAGAUGCCGACCGAUGUCAUCAAGGGCAAGUGCAGCGAGGAGCCGGCCGCCGCUGAGAAGCCCAGCGCGAGCGCGAUGGAUAGUAUUGCGGGUCUGACCGUAGAGGAGCUCACGGCGCUUAUCGAUCCCCGCAUUCAUAAGGAUGAGGCGUAA